AUGUCGGGCACACGGAACCCGGAACGUCGUAUCGAGAACAAUCAGUUCGACGUCGACGCGUGGAAUCUGUUGCUCCGUGAGCAUCAAGUGAGCUUAAAUUGAAUAAAGGCACAUUAAGAUAGCUUAAUUUCAGUCCCGUCCAAUCGAUCAAGAAAGAGAUUUCUACGAGGGCCUCGUCGGUCAAUUCCCUAAUUCAGGACGCUAUUGGAAAGCGUACAUAGAGCAUGAGGUGAGUGAUUAUCGGGUUGCUUCUGCUCAAUGAUAAUGACCUGAUAGAAAACGGCGCCGCACACGAUUAGCGUUAGUCGAUCCUCGACAUCAAUUCAAAUGGCAUUCAAAAUGAUAAAACAUGAUUACAUGUAUAGUCGCGAAAUAAAGAUUUCAAACGCAUUCAUCCUUCUCGCCAAUAACUUUACUGUUGGUCUUAGUCGUAUACGAAUAAAUUUUUUCUUCGUUUUUAACUUGUUCUACGCCAAACACCUCAAAUAACUUUAUUUUCAGCUGCGAUCCAAGAAUUUCGAGAAUGUGGAGAAGGUAUUAGAAAGAAUGAAGAAUCCAGAUGGGAAAUUCAGUUUUUGCAGAUAUUUAGUAGGUGCCUCGUAACGGUUCUCAAUAUCGAUCUCUGGAAAUGCUACAUUCACUACGUGUUCGAGACGAAGGGACAAUUGGAAUCCUUCAGAGAGUCGAUGGCCAAGGCGUAUGACUUCGCGUUGGACAAGGUCGGAAUGGACGUGCAAUCGCACACCAUCUACACCGAAUACAUAGGAUUUCUCAAAAAAGUGUACGUUUUUGUAAUCUCAAACGUACGUUCAUAAAGAGUUUGUAGUCCAGCAAUUGGUCAAUACGCAGAAAAUCAGAGAAUCACGGCAGUCCGUAAAGUUUAUCAGAAGGCGUUAGCAACUCCGAUGCAUAAUUUGGACGCGAUCUGGGGAGAUUACUGUGCGUACGAAAAGGCGAUCAAUAUGACUCUUGCCGAGAAGCUGAUUUCUGAGAGAGGAAAGGAAUAUCAGAAUGCUCGUCGUGUGGAGAAAGAACUGCAACAAAUGACACGCGGACUUAACAGACAGGCGGUCUCCGUGCCUCCUAAAGGAACUGCCACGGAGCUGAAGCAAGUGGAGUUGUGGAGGAAACUAAUUGCGUGGGAGAAGACGAACCCGUUGCAGACGGAAGAGUACGGACAGUUUGCGAGAAGAGGUGAGCGGAAGGAUAAUAUGGAUGAAAGAAUGUCUAUUUUCAGUGGUUUACUCGUACGAACAAGCACUACUCUGUCUUGGAUACUACCCGGAUAUGUGGUACGAAGCGGCGCUGUUCAUGCAAGAAGCCAGUCAGGUUCUCGACGAGAAGGGAGACGUCAAAACAGCGCAAAUAUUCAAAAACGACGCAGUCAGUAAGUAUUUCCUGGUCGUUCCUCAAUUCAUUUGUCUGAAUAGGUUUGUACGAACGAGCCAUCAGCGGGCUGAUGAAGGAAUCAAAGCUGCUCUACUUCGCCUACGCUGAUUUCCAGGAAGAGCAGAAAAAGUUCGAACACGUGAAAGCGAUUUACAACAGGCUUCUCGCAAUUGAGCACAUAAAUCCUACUCUGGUAAGUUCGGAUCAAGAUUUUCGGUGACCGAUUUUUAAAAUUCAGACUUACAUUCAAUUGAUGAGAUUCGUUCGCCGAACCGAAGGACCCAACAAUGCGCGUACUGUAUUCAAAAAGGCCCGUGACGACAAAAGAACGGGACAUCAGGUGUUCGUGGCAUCCGCAUUCAUGGAAUACAACUGCAUGAAGGACAAGGACGUCGCCAUGAAAGUGUUCGGAUUGGGACUGAAAAAGUACGAAAACGAGCCGGACUACGGACUCGCGUACGCCGAUUUCCUUUCCAGUUUGAACGGUAACUCGUAAAUAUUGGCUUCUCCUGAUUGCUAUUCACAUUUCAGAGGAUAACAACACGCGUGUCGUGUUCGAACGCAUUCUGACCUCGAUGAAAUUGACGACGGACAAGUCGAUGUAAAAAUUCACCAAAAAGAGUGAUCACUGAUAUUACUGCUUUCAGUCGUAUAUGGGAUCGUUAUUUGGAUUUCGAGAGCAACGUCGGUGACUUGGCCAGUAUUCUGAAGGUGGAAAAGCGUCGAAAAACAGCUUACGAAGAAGCACAGAAAGACGAGUCUCUCAACCAUUCGAUGCUCGUUAUCGACCGUUACAAGUUCAUGGAUUUGAUGCCAUGCAGUGGAGAGCAGUUGAGACUCAUGGGUUACAACACACUGGUAUUUUUUUGUUUUGAUAGGCGAGUGGGAUAAUGUGAAAGAGUUUCAGAAAGGCAACGAGACUGCAAACGGAACGACGACUUCCGGACCGAAACCCGUUCCCAGCAGAGGGCCUCAGGCAGCCAGUGCCAUCAUGGGCGGAGCAGGAGGACACGCCGAUGUGGCCAAAUACGGAUUCCCGAGACCGGAUAUAUCUCAAAUGAUACCGUUCAAACCACGCGUCAACUGCAAGGCCUCGUUCCAUCCAGUUCCGGGAGGAGUCUAUCCACCGCCACCGGCAGCCGCCCAUCUGAUGACUUUGCUUCCGCCGCCGAACUGCUUCCUCGGUCCGUACGUCAACACGGAAAGUUUGUGCAACGUGCUCUCUGCGAUGAAUCUUCCUAAUGUAUCAUGUGAGAGUUUUCUUGAACAAUACGUUUUGAAUGUUCUGUAUUCCAGUCCCGAAAUCGGAGGAUAACGUGAUCGGUCCGAUGCUCGAGCAAGAUAUCAAAAAGGACAUGUAUCAAUUGUUGGCAACGACUUCUGACCCAGGAGCUGUUAGUUAUUUAAUAACUAACCAACUUCCAUCGAAUUGUAAAUUGCAGGUGGUUCGUUCGUCAGCUCUGGCCGAUCUGAAAAGGAAGAGAGGUGAUUCGGAUGACGACGAGGAGCACUCGCAUUUGGCGGGAACGAUAGGAUCCCUCGGCACUCGCGACGCCUACAAACGAAGAAUGAACAAGAAGAACGAGUGA